UGAGGCCCCGGGCGGGCUCAAGCGGGCGUGCGGUACCACCCCUACACAUUGCAUCGCAUCACAUAGAUCCACCCGGUGGCGACAGGGGUUGGCCUGCACAUGGCGGUACGCUUAAAGUACGUACAUGGAUGGGGCGACAUGGAAGAGCAAAGUAGCGACCCGGGGAAAGCCACCCACCACCAGUGAUCCAAAAAAUCAUAUAAUCGCAAGCAUUCCCCCGUGGUCGAGAUAUCUUCUCUCUUGCUCAUCCCGGCGCAUUCCUUUCCUUUCGCUAACCUCCUCCCCCUCCUCUUUUACUCGCAGAGCCUGCCGUCGACCAAGCACAUCGCCAGCUAGUCACCAUGGGAGAGAAGGAUGACAUCGUCGAUGCCGUCCACCGGGACAAUGACUUCGACAAUGACCACAAGAACCUUCAGACGAAGGUGGUCACGGGUCACGAGGCUUUCAACGAGGCCAUGAUCAAGGACCCCCCUCAGGCCUGGUCGGGCCCCCAGAUAAUGAUCUACCUCUUCUCCAUUGUCGGCUUCUUCUGCUCGACAAUGAACGGUUAUGACGGAUCCCUCAUCAACAACCUGCUCCAGAACCCCUACUUCAAGGCCGCCUACAACGUCGAGAGCUCGGGCAUCUGGGCUGGUAUCGUCUCGUCCAUGUACCAGAUCGGUGGUGUCGUCGCGCUCCCCUUCGUUGGCCCUGCAAUUGACGGCUAUGGCCGCCGAAUCGGCAUGUUCAUUGGUGCCACCAUCAUCAUCGUCGGUACCAUCAUCCAGGGCACAUCUCACAGCGCCGGCCAGUUCAUGGGCGGUCGUUUCCUUCUCGGUUUCGGCGUCUCCAUCGCCGCCGCUGCAGGCCCGAUGUACGUCGUUGAGCUGAAUCACCCCGCCUUCCGUGGUGUCGUGGGUGCCAUGUACAACACUCUGUGGUUCAGCGGUGCCAUCAUCGCGUCCGGGGCUGCCCGUGGCGCUCUCGACAUGCACAGCGAUGCGUCGUGGCGGUUGAUCACCUGGCUCCAGGCCCUCUUCUCCGGCCUCAUCGUCAUCCUCUGCUUGUGGCUCCCCGAGUCGCCGCGUUGGCUCUAUGUCAACAACAAGAAGGACAAGGCCCGCGACAUUCUCACCAAGUACCACGGCAAUGGCAACCCCGAGUCCCCCUGGGUCACUCUGCAGCUGCGCGAGUACGAGGAGCUCCUCGAUAUGGAUGGUGCCGAUAAGAGAUGGUGGGACUACCGGGCACUGUUCCGCUCUCGCGGCGCUGUCUACCGUCUCGGAUGCAACAUGGCCGUGACCAUCUUCGGUCAGUGGGCCGGCAACGCUGUGCUCUCCUACUUCCUCGCUGCCGUGCUCGAGACCUGCGGCUACACCACCCCCGUCGCUCAGGCCAACAUCACCCUCAUCAACUCGUGCCAGCAGUUCGCCUGCGCCAUCUUCGGCGCCUUCCUCGUCGACAAAGUCGGCCGUCGCCCCCUGCUUCUCUUCUCCUUCACCGGCUGCUGCGUCGUCUGGCUCGGCAUGACCAUUGCUGCGGCCGAGUUCGCCAAGUCCGGCGGUGGCCUCCACCCCGACGGCACCGUCACCCAGGGCUCCAACACCAACGCAUCCAAGGCGUCCCUGGCCAUGAUCUUCAUCUUCGGCUCCAUCUACUCCAUUGGCAUCACGCCCCUGCAGGCCCUCUACCCCGUCGAGGUCCUCUCGUUCGAGAUGCGCGCCAAGGGCAUGGCCUUCUCGUCCCUCGCCGUCAACGCCGCCGGUUUGCUCAACCAGUUCGCCUGGCCCGUCGCCAUGCGCAACAUCGGUUGGAAGACGUACAUCAUCUUCACUGUCCAGGACUGCGUCCAGGCCGCCGUCAUCUACAUGCUCAUUCCCGAGACCAAGGGCCGCACUCUCGAGGAACUCGACGAGAUCUUCAAUGCCAAGAGCCCCGUCAAGGCAUCGCUGGCGCGCAGGACCAUUGCCGUCACCGAACGCGGCGAUGUCGUCAAUGUUACCGACGCUUAAGUUCCCGUCUUGCCUUCCUUUGCUUGCGUUGGCUGAAACAAACCCCCCCCCCCCAAAACAUCCAUCUUCAUACAAUAAUGCCCGUCUGCUCGCUGCUCAGGCUUGCAUGUCGGCGGUGCUUGGGGGCAAUUCACCAUCUACAACACAGCAUGUGAAGGGGGUUUAUUGAGUUUGUAGUAGUUUGUGGCAGGACAGACUUCGCCGAAGCCUGUUGUUACCUAGUAUCCCUUUUAAUACCAAUGGAUAUUUAUA